GCGAAGGUACGCCAGCUGCAGACCCAACUGCAAGAAGAGGAUCAGGUGCAGCAACGCCUUGCGGCAGCUGAGGGGAGUUUGCGCUUGACGCGCUCCGAGCUGCAGCAAGAGCAGCAGCAAGCGGCUUUGUUUCAGGGCAAGGCCCGUCAGCUUACUGCGGAACUUCGGGAGGAGGAGGCGGUGCGCGAACAGCUCGGCACAGCGCAGGCCAAAGUGCGGCAGCUGCGGUCGGAGCUGCAAGCGGCGCAGGAGACACAGCAGGAGCUGAGUGCAGCCGAGGCUCAGCUCCGACGAGAGCAAGAGCGUCGCACGGCCUGCGAGGCCAAAGUGCAGCAGCUGCGCCACGAAGCGCAGGAGGCCGAAGAGAGGAAGCAGCAGCUGAUGGUCGCGGAG